AUGACAAAGGCUGCAAGGAUUGCGCUUUGCCUUUUGAUAUGCGUGUUUGGUUUUGCUUGGGUUUUAGUCGACUGUGAUCAAGGACAUGGCCAUGGACAUGGAGGCCAUGGACACAGCCAUGGUCACGGGCAUCUUCAUCCCGAAGAUUAUGAACAUGAAGACCACAGGCAUUUGUACUACAGACCACAAGAGGACCACGAUCAUGAACACGAAGGAGAUGACCCUAGCCACGAGGAGCAUGACCAUAUUCAUGAAGGACACGGACAUAGUCAUGGAGGACACGGCCAUAGCCACGAUGGACAUGAACAUUUGGACCCUGAGGAAGACCACGAACAGCCCACAGAAGCCAAGAAAGAACACGUACAUCAUGCCCACAGUCAUCACGAAGGACACACAGACGAUGAUCACGACCACGGAAAGAAAGCCGAGAGCUCAAAACCUAUCAAAGACCGAUUUGCCUUGUCCACGUGGAUUAAUGCUCUCGGAGCGACAUUUUUGAUCAGCGCUGCGCCUUAUUUGUUGCUCUUUUUUAUCCCACUGGACAAGAACACAGACGAACAGAAACCGUUUCUAAAAAUUUUGUUAGCUUUUGCUUCUGGGGGACUGUUGGGGGACGCGUUUUUGCAUUUAAUUCCCCACGCUGUAUCGCCACAUUCACACGGCGAAGAUGGUGGUCAUUCUCAUCAUGAUCACUCGCAUUCGCACGGCGGCGAAGCCCAUGGACAUGAUCACGACAGAAAUAUGAUCGUAGGCCUUUGGGUUUUGGCUGGAAUUGUAGCUUUUCUCAUGGUUGAAAAGUUCGUACGAUAUGUGAAAGGUGGACACUCUCAUAGUCACAGCCAUGUUGUGCCUGUAGACGCCAAGUCGAAAUCGAAGGACGAAACCGACAAAACUGAGCAAGAAAAUACAUCGGAAACUAAAG